CCGAGAGAUCAACUCGACUGGCAACGACAACGACGACCGCUUCUCCUUCGAAGGCAGGUAACAAGACGAUGGCCUCUUCUGCUUCGUUAAUCCUUUCGUCUGGAACACCUAUUUCCCCGAGUCGAUCCCGCAGCGGCGCCCACCGGCGUCCUGCAUCGAUCGGGGUCUCAUCCUCCGCCUCCGCUGAUCUUCCGCUGCGGAAGAUUCCCGGCGAUUACGGCCUCCCCUUCCUCGGCCCGCUUUGCGACCGGCUGGCCUACUUCUACUUCGAGGGCCGCGACCAGUUUUUCAGGUCCCGCAUCCGCCGCUACGGCUCCACCGUGUUCCGAGUCAACGUGCCCCCGGGCCCCUUCGUGGCGCCGGACCCCCGUGUUGUGGCCCUCCUCGACGCCGCCAGCUUCCCCGUCCUCUUCGACACCUCCCUCGUCGAGAAGCGCGACCUCUUCACCGGGACCUUCAUGCCCUCCACCGAGCUCACCGGCGGCUUCCGCGUCCUUCCCUACCUCGACCCCGCCGAGCCCAACCACGCCCAGCUCAAGCGCCUACUCUUCUUCCUCCUCGGCUCCCGCCGCCACGCCGUCGUCCCCGAGUUCCGCCGAAGCUUUGGGUUCCUGUUCGAGGCGAUGGAGGCGGAGAUCGCGAGGGAGGGGAAGGCGGAUUUCAGCGCCGCCAAUGACCGAGCAGCAUUCGACUUCCUGGUGCGGUGCUUCUUCGGAACAGAUCCGGCUGGCUCGAGGCUGGACCUAGACGGCCCCGGGUUGAUCAACAAGUGGGUUCUGUUCCAGCUUGGGCCUCUGCUCAAGCUCGGUCUCCCGCCCUACCUCGAGGACUUCCUCCUCCACUCCUUCCGCCUCCCGCCGGCGCUGGUCCGGGCCGACUACGACCGGCUCACCGAUUUCUUUCGCGAGUCAGCUGGGCCGUUCCUGGACGAGGCGAAGCGGUUCGGGGUCUCGAGGGAGGAGGCGCUCCACAACGUCAUGUUCGCCACCUGCUUCAACGCCUUCAGCGGCAUGAAGGUCCUGUUCCCGAGCCUGAUCAAGUGGAUCGGCCGGGCCGGGGCGCGACUCCACGGUCGGAUCGCGGAGGAGGUCCGGUCGGCGGUGCGUGGGACGGGCAACGGGGAGGUGACGGUGCGGGCGGUGGAGGCGGCGAUGCCGCUGACUCGGUCGGUGGUGUACGAGGCGCUGCGGGUGGAACCCCCCAUGCCUCUGCAGUACGGGCGGGCGAAGCGGGACAUGGUGGUGGCGAGCCACGACGGCCGGUUCGAGGUGCGUGCUGGGGAGGUGCUGUUCGGGUACCAGCCGUUUGCGACGAGGGACCCACGGGUGUUCGAGCGUGCGGAGGAGUUCGUGGCGGCCCGAUUCGUGGGAGCCGAGGGGGCGGCGCUGCUGCGUCACGUGCUGUGGUCUAACGGGCCGGAGACGGAGGGACCGACCACGGAGAACAAGCAGUGCGCCGGGAAGGACUUCGUGGUGACGGUGGCGCGAUUGCUGGUGGUGGAGCUCUUCCUGCGCUACGACUCCUUCGAGAUCGAGGUUGGUGCGUCCCCGCUCGGCUCCUUGGUGAAGCUCACCUCACUCAAAAGAGCCACCUUUUGAAGGAUGCGUAAUCGACAUACCAUGUCG